CAAAAAACACAGUUGCGUGUUUGUUACGUAAGCGUACCAGAGUUCAGGGUUGUGUUCCAGCACUUUUCAUACCCGUUCACAAACAUCUACACACAUAGAGGCAAACCAUUGCAGCAAAUAUCAGGAAGGACCCAUUCAGUUGAUCGUCUUUUUCUACCAUUUGUUCUACUCUUGAUUCCCUGUCUUCUACUAUCUAUAUAAAUCAUAUAGUUUAAUAAAAAACUAAACAACGACCCACGAAUCACGAAGUCAUCCAACAGUCAAACCACACUAAAGGAAACAACCAACUAAAGACAGAAGCGAUGGAUUCCCUCAAAUUGCCAACAACUGCUGCUCGUGCAAAUGCGUUCAUGGGUCAGGGCUCAUUGUCGUUUCCUACAUCGUCUCAGCAUGACAUGGUGAAGGAAGAGAACGCCGAAUCACAAAAAUUACUUGAUGAUGCUGCCAGUGCUGAGAGUGGCAUGGCUGGUGGUAGCGACGCCACCUCAGCAAUAUCGUCAACCACACUGAACAACUCUUUUCCACAAUCGAAACCAGUGGCACUACCGUUGGCAUCCGACACUGGCUUUGUCGGCAAUGAUUCUGCAACCACUGUCAACCCCAACAUAGCAAACAACAUCGGAAUAAAACCUGCAGAUCUGUCGGGCUUGAAGAACCAAGCAGCCAACGUCGCUGUGGGUGACGAGUCUUCUGCUUCAGGAAUAGUCCCAACUUUACAGAAUAUUGUUGCCACCGUCAACUUGGAUUGUCGAUUGGAGUUGAAAACGAUUGCUCUUCAUGCACGUAACGCCGAAUACAAUCCUAAGCGUUUUGCAGCUGUCAUCAUGAGAAUUAGAGAACCCAAAACUACUGCGUUAAUUUUCGCUUCAGGUAAGAUGGUUGUAACCGGUGCAAAAUCCGAGGACGACUCUAAGUUGGCGGCUAGAAAAUACGCAAGAAUCAUCCAAAAGCUUGGUUUCAAUGCCAAAUUCACAGAUUUUAAGAUCCAGAAUAUAGUUGGUUCAUGUGACGUUAAAUUCCCGAUCAGGCUUGAAGGUUUGGCCUAUGCGCACGGAACUUUCUCGUCAUACGAGCCAGAGUUGUUUCCUGGUUUGAUCUAUAGAAUGGUGAAGCCAAAAAUUGUUUUACUAAUUUUCGUGUCAGGUAAGAUUGUCCUCACAGGGGCCAAGCAAAGAGAAGAAAUCUACAAAGCUUUUGAAGCAAUCUACCCGGUUUUGAGUGAAUUUAGGAAAAACUAAAUUUGACCCAGCUGGAAACCAAAACUACCAAAUCAAAAACAAAACAAACCUAAACAACACAUCAAGGCUAUAAUUUGAAUUAAGCAAAAAUAACUCACAAACAAAACAACCUCGGCAUUCUUCUUAUCUAGUUGUACAUUAUAAUGAUUCUCUAUAAAUCUCUAUCUAUAUAUCAUCUUCCCCUAUGUAUCAUAUUUGGAACCUUUGAUUCAAAGGUUUACAAAACAUCAACAAAAAAUUUGGAAAACUCAAAAAUUAUUAG